GCCUUUUCGACGAACCUCAAGUUAGCGAAAAAAGUGAAACUGUUCGUUGCGUUAGCACCAAUCUUCUAUUUAAACCAUACCUCAGCGUUUGCAAGAGAUGUGGCUUUUACCCUGUAUCCUUUCGAGGUAAUAAAGCUUAAACAAAGUCAAACUAGUGUGAAACUAUUGGCUUGAUAUCAGAUACCGUAACACUCCGAAAAUAAGCCCCUCCAUGUAUAAGCCCCUCCAAAUUUAAGCCCCCAAAACCGGUAACGCAAAAAACCGUGCGUUGAAUCGCCCCCCGGGAAUCGCCCCUCCAAAUAUAAGCCCCCCGGGGGCUUGUACUUGGAAAAUUGCCCUCAAAUACAAAGUAAAUCAAAGCAAAAACGGUAAAUUUACUUCCAACCAUAAGGCUAGCCCAAUCGAUUUUGAAACGCAAAUUUCCCUCCGUAGAUAAGCCUGUCCGAAUAUAAGCCCCUCAAAAAGGGCCUUUGAAAAAUAUAAACCCCGGGGCUUAUUUUCGGAAUUUUACGGUACUUAACAUUUGCAGUAUCUUACUUGUCAUCACCUCAAACUGUUUUUGUUAAUUCAAGUUUAGCUUAUUUUGUCACAUGAAAAUAAUGUAAUGGCGAUAUUGAAACGUGAAACGCUGUGCAAAACUUCAGCUUGGUUGGUCUCCUGCCUACCAAUUAGAUAACAGGUUAUGUGUGAGAAUGUAUAUAGUAACUAGAUCAGAGAGGCACUAAAUCUCAGAGAAAAAAAUGGGCAAAUAAGGUAUGAAUGAUUUCGCCAGCCAAUAAGGCUUAAAACUUUCAAUAUGUAUUACAUUAUUUUUUAAUAUACCUUUGUCUUAUAAAGUAUAAUCCAGAUUUAUUUUUUAAUGGGAUCUUUUUAUCCCAAUAUUGACUGAGAAAAAGCCCCCGUAUCAGUAAUCUUGUCGUAUUAAAUUUUUUAUCCUUUUGUCAUAGGAACUUCUUCAUCCCCUCGGCGAGUACGAAUUCUUGUCAGGUCGUUUCCUGGAGUUUCUGAUAGACAUCGGCUUUUGUGGACGGAAGUGGUCGGAGCAUUAUUGCUAUGACGUGGGAGGAAUUAUCUUUGGUUUUGAUGACCCUAACAAUAACAUGGUGAGAAAUGUGACCAUCUGCAAAAUCUAGCUUACUUAGGAAAAUAAGUUGUAUUUGCUUGAGAGUAGCAUUGACUUUCCUUUUUGAACCAGACUUAGUAAAUCGAUAAAAAUCGACAUCGGAAAUCAAUCGAUAUCAUCGAUAUUAAUCGAUCUAAUUCGCCGAUUAAUAUUGAUUGAUAUCGGAAAUCGGUAGAAAUCGAAGUCACAGGAGAAACGAUUUAUCGAUUGUUAUCGCUUAACAAGAUCGAUAACAAUCGAUAAAAAAUCAUCGUCGAUUUCUGUCGAAAAACCGAUAUUAAUCGAAGUCACAACUAUUUUUCGACUCUAGUAAGAGACCUCUAAUUUUGGGUGGUCUUGUACCGGUGGUUCGACUGUGUCACCUUUAGAUACUGGCUCCAUUUCUGAUGUGUUUCUCUGGUGGAUUUUGUCAUCCUCGAAGCAAAUAGCAUUGUUUUAAUAAUUUUAUCAGUUUGGAACUGACAUACAUAAUUCACAAUGUUUUCGUUACAUACAGAAAGAUCCAAAUUUACAUAUUAAUUAGGACUUUAUUCCAUCCUUACUAGAGCCGUGUGCCGAUUUAUUUAUCGAAUUGGCCAGCGGGUACUUCUUUCAAGAACAUCAUUCAUUUUGGACAGGUUUGUAUCGUGUCUGCAAGUUUGCUAAUUCUUUUCCCAUUUGUUUGAUGUUCUUCAUUUCUAAUCUAUUUCAGUUGUCGUUGUUGGAUUAAUGCAGGUAUCAAUGUUUGGACGAAGAGGAGGGGUACGGGUAUGGGUGCGGCAUAUGAAUUUUUCUGCAUUUUGGGGGUCAAAUUCCCGAGCCUUGGGACUCAAAAAUAGUUCACAUUUGAUCAAAUAUCCCUUUCUGAGGUUGACAAAACCGCAGUUUGGGGCAAAAUUUGUGGCCAAACUCCCCAGAAAUCCCCAGAAAUCCCCAGAGAGGGGACAGAGGAAGUGUUCAAGAGCGACACUUAUGCCAGUAAGCCACCCCCACCCCCCUUCUCUCUUCCCCGUCUAGACACUGCUACCUGCAUAAUGAGCGAAUGUUCGGAGCAACCUCCUCCCUUGGUAUUAACAAUGCUGGGCGUGGUCCGUUUACGUGCUGGAACAUGAAAAGCUGUGUGCUGGAAACUAGCAAGAAGCGCGAGCGGAGGAUGAUGGGAAGACCGCCGAGCGCAAGCGGCGGGGAGUUUCCUUCGCCCCCGCUUUACUUAGUUCUUAAAUAAAAUGUCCCCAAAAUAAGCGGUUGCGUGCAACUUGGGACGAGGCAGUCUUCGGAGACAAAGACAUAAGUUGUUCUUACACCUUUUUUGCGGAUUGCCCACAUUAACGCAGCAAUUUAGCAAAAGAAACCGCUGUGGUUUAUACGAAAUACAUUUUAAAAAUUGAGAGAAUCGGUUAAUUUUAGCUUUGGCGCACCUAUCUCUCUGCAAGUAACACUCGAGGAAAUACCAGCUAUUAAAGGCUUCACUUGUGCAUGAUUGUGCUGGGCUGCAGAAAUGCCAAUGAGUCAAACAAUUGUUUUGUGAAAUAUCCAUCUUUUAGAAAAAGGAUGUUUCAGAGUAUUCAAUAUACUAGUUCACAAUUUCUAGCUGAUAAUGGCUAAUUCUGCUAUAUAUGCUUGAUCAGAGAAUGAGAAUUUUGCGUUAAUGGCACAAAAAGUGUACAAAAGGAUUCGCCUACCGUACAGAAAAAAGGCAGCUAAUGCAUACAAUUUGUGCACAUAUUUUCUUUGUUAUUAGAGAUUCUUUCAGCAUGCGCAGUAUGUUAAAGCAAACUUUUGGUGGUCUCACUUGUAGGGUUCUAAAGGGCCUGUUUGCAUGGAGGUGGGGGACACCAGGUAGCUGAGGUAACCCACUCAGGUGGGGUAAAAAAAUAACCCGCGUUUAUUUUCAAUGUUAGCUAGGGCCUGUUUACAUGAAGGUGGGGGACCCCAGGUAGGUGAGGUAACAUGUGGCGGGUUACCCCACCUAACACGUAAACGUGAUCACAUUAAAAUGAGAGAUUAUAUGGACAGGCGGGUUACCCCACGUAAGCGGGUUACCUCACCUACCUGGGGUCCCCCACCUCCAUGUAAACAGGCCCUUACAACCUCGCCAUCCCGGGGUGCACUUUCUCGAGAUUAUUGAGUGGUCGCUAAACACGUAAACAAAACAAUGGCGGGCAAAAGCUUGGCGCCUCGGUGGGUCACCCCACACCUAUCAUGCAAACGUGAACAAAUUAAAAUGAGCGAUUAUAAGGACAGGCAGGUUACCUUACCUAAGUGGGUUAUCUCACCUACUUGGGGUCCCCCUCCUCCAUGUAAGAAGGGCAAAAGAAUGUGAUCCCGUGUAUCUAAGAAGAUUGAUUUAUUGAUUGAUUGAUUGACAGAUCAUAGUGGCGGGAAGGUGUCAGAAGUUUGAUUAUGGAAGAGAAGGAAACUUAAGGCAUUAUCAUCAGGUAUGUUUACUCAUUGUUGGAUAUUUUUCAUUUAUUAGAUUGUGGACUGAUGAAGAUAUCAUAUAGUAUAAUCACACGUAUCCGGGUAUUUUUGAAAACGUAGAUUUUUUCCCUCCGUUUUAGCCUUCCGUUCACAUGUAAACGGCGUUUUCGGGAACCAAAAACGCAGCUUAUCGAAAACUGUUCCGGUAGCGGAGUUUCUUGAAUACGCCAACUUAUCGUUUUCGUGCGGAGGGACGGAAGCGGAGGUUUUUGAAUACUCUGAUGUAAUACAUCAUCUAGUGCAUGCCCUACAUCAUCUAGUGCAUGCCCUGUAAGGGAUGCUAACGUAAUUCCAUUGUCCUAGCGUUUUCGUGAGGAGGGGCGAAAUGAUUCGAAUACGCUAUGUGUCCGUUGUUAGUUAGUUUGUUUGUUUGUUUGUUGUUGCAGUUGUAUUUUUUUUUACCUUCCUGUUUCCUGUUGCAGUCGUAGUUCAGUGAGGAUUAAAUUGCACCAAUCACAGCCAACCGUUGCGAUACAACAGACACUGCGUAUUAAAUCACACAACCUCUUCCUCAUCGCCUGACGAAGACUAGUAAGCAAUGAAGACGUUGCGUUGCGAUCUAAAUCCCAGGGCCGGGUGUUCAAUGCUGGGUUAUGAUAACCUAGGCUUGCGCACCGGAGGUGCGAUAUUUGAAUUCAGAUAUGAAAGCUUAAACAGCAAACUCAGUUUAAUUCUUUUUGUCUACACUUUGGUGAUUGGAUGCUCUAAAAAAAGGGAAAAUUUUGAGCCCAGGUGACUACAUCGUGAGACAAACGUUAACUUCAUUAUACAACGUAGCACUCUUAUUUAUUUGGUAUCUCGAAGUUUCACGCAGUUUAGUAGGCAGCUUAAGCAGCGACGCACGUCAACCGGAAGUGAGGUAUUUUCCCUCUUAACAUGCCUUGAUGAUAUAAAAUUUGUAUUCCUUAGCUUCUUUACUGUUAUAGAGGCGAUUUGACUGAAAAUUUGCGCGAAACCACCGUCAAAAAAUGAAAAAAGGCCACUUCCGGUUGACGUGCGUCGCUCAAAAACGUUGCUGCUUAAGCUCCCUAUUGUCUUCAAAACUAUGUUUCUAUUUUUCAGGACACUCCACCGGUCUAUGACGUGUCUAAAAUGACCACACCCACGGCUUUUUUCUACGGUGGCAACGACGGACUUUCCAACAAAACCGAUGUUCAAGCUUUAGCAGCCAAGAUAUCCAAUCUUGUAUUCGAUGAUUACAUCGCGGAAUAUAAUCACAUAGACUUUAUCUUUGGAAUAGAUGCUCCCAAACGCCUGUACAACAGGAUUCAAGACAUACUGGAGAAAUGUCUGUGGGAAGAGGAAUGAAAACGUCAAGUGAAUUAUUCAACUCGUCAUGCUUCUGCGAUAAAUUGACAGUAUAAUGAAAAUGACAACUGGAUGAGGUUGGAUUGAGGUUUUGAAACAAAAUUUGAUUAUUUAUAUGUAUUUUAAUUUUUUUAAGAGGAUGCGAGCACAAGACAGCCACUUCCUUUUUCUUUUCGUGAACUUUGAUACAGUCUUUUAGAAUUAGACUCUAGAAAAAAUUGCCAACAUUUAACGAAUUGAACGAGAUGGAAUAAGCGCGAUUAAGUUUGAAGCGGCGCGAAUUCACUUUUAAAGUGAAGUUUUCGUUAGCCUGCGUAGCAGGCGCUUGGAAGUAGUUGGCACAAGAAAAAACGGGCGCGCGAACUCGCGCGCGCCCGUUCUCUCUUUCGCCCGCUACUUCCAAGCGCCUGCUACGCAGGCUAAGUUUUCGUAGCCGUCGCCGUCGUUGUAGCCAAAGCUCCCUAUUGCUUUCAGAAGGAAACCAACUGCAUAGUUAGUCUUCUGCAGGAAUGAGUACAGUAAUGUUACUUUCACUAUCGGCAGAAAAAGCGUAUUUUCAGGUGUAUCUUUCUAAUAAGGCGGUUUUAUUGUCAUGUUGUUUUCGUAGCAGGAGCUUGGAAGUAGCGGGCGAAAGAGAGAACGGGCGCGCGCGAGGGAGGCACGCAAGGGGUGAGUCUCCUUCUCGCGCGCCCGUUUUUUCUUGUGCCAACUACUUCCAAGCGCCUGCUACGCAGGCUAGUUGUUUUUAUGAUUCAGUGGGAAAAACAAUUUGCCACCAUAUGACAAAUUUAGCGAGCUGGAGUAAUUAAGGUACAGUUUGAGGAUAGUCAAUAAUGUGGAAUGGUCAUGAACCCGACAGUUCUUUGUUAUAUGUUUUUGUUCGCUUUAUUGGACCUCACCUUGCACAACGUUCAAUAGUAUUCCUAUCAUUUUGAACUUACUGACCAGCAUAAACAUCGCAAUUCAGUCACAAUUUUGGAUUUUGACAGGAGAUUAGAAGUCGAGGAGCCAGAAAAAUGAUGACCAGAAAAUGAUGUCUCGACUAUCUGUUUUUAAUGCCCCUGCUUCUAAACCUUCUUGUUUCAAAUUCGGAUAUUCAUCCCAAGAAAGGAAAAUCCCGCGUUACGCGUUGUGAAAAUAGUAAAUCACGCUUCAUCGUACUGCCAAUCACGCAUCGCGCGGCUAAUUUGGGUCUGAUCACGCAUCACGAUAGCCUGCGAACAGCAGACGCAUUUCCGGUCGUCGUUUCUCUCCCUUUUUCGGAGGGAGAGAAGCGACGACCGGAAAUGCGUCUGCUGUUCGCAGGCUAGCAUCACGCUGAAGAUUUGGUCACCGAAAACCCAAAAAGCCUGCUACGCACGGUGUCUCCAUGGUAGUCUUAUGGUAUUCCCAUUUCAAUACUUUUCUUUUCAUUAGUGAAAUUAAGAAAAUAUCUGUUCUGUUUAAAGAUAUUCAUAAAUUCGCAUGAAUGCUUUCCACCCUCAUCAGCCUGAUUAGCUAGAAACAUGAUAAACAUUCCUUUUAUUCUCCUCGCUCUUUGUUUUCCGGCGCUACGAUGAUCUUGCAAAAUCCUCGCAGCAGGAAAUGGGUGGUCUUGUGACUGGUGGAGAAUUACCCUUAAGUAUCGGGUGUCUUUUAAGCAUACGCACUUCUCAUGACACGGUGAUUCCGCUUCGAGAUCUGUCAAGUAAGCACCUUCGCUCUUGAAAAGGUAAGUAAUUGAUCUAUUUUUUCUUUUACUAGGUGAAAUCCUCGUUUUAAUACCAUCUCUACAACACGAGACAAAACAAGUACUAAUUAUGUUUUUCAGAUCUCGCCGGAGUUGCUUGUCCAUCGUUUGAGCAUAAAGGUCAUAGUGCAUUGCGUGGUUUACUCCUGUUUACCAGAAAAUGGGCAACUACGUAGAGACAAACUACAUAAUCUUGGCUUUAAUAUUUUUGCCUUUGUUGAGCUGCGCUCCUUUGAAGAAGACACAGGAAAAAGAAGAUCCCGACCUUUACCGAAACGUGGUAUUUAAAUGACUUUUGUUUACUGUUUUUUUGUGAUCCGUGAUGCAUCCACAGCGUAAUUCGAAUUCGAUGUCUUCAUCUAGUCGAUCAUUUUCAAACACGAAAUCAGGGAUCAGAUUUUCAGUCUUUCAGUCCUUGGAUCCCUUUAUUUUAAUCAGAGCAAUCCUUUACCAAGAGAGGAUUUCCAAAUUGAUCCAUACCUUUACGCAACAAUUGUUAUUACUGUGACGACUGUGACUUCUCACCAAGGGAUAGAGUAAAAGAAACUACUUGAAUGUCAUAACAUGUCAUAAGAAAAAGUGUAGACCGUAGUUCCUUUUUCCUCGAAGUUUUUAUCGCGAAUGAAGAUACUUGAAAGAGAAUCUUGGAUGUUAAACGAAAAUCUAUUGGAACGGCUCAGCCCUUCCGGUUCACAAAAACAAAACGAACAGAAAAUUUCUUCGAUGCACGUGGAAGCGAAGAACUAACUAAAUUAUGCUUCGCCUACACGCCCUCAAGAAAGACUGAUUCCGUCGAUUUCUUGCACAAAAAAGAUAAAUGUAGGGAUUGAGUUAGUGUUGUUUGUCUCUUAUUGAAAUUACAGCUGAUCAAGUUAAAAAAAAAAAAAAAAUGGAACCCCGCCUCCCCUCCCAAACAAACUGGACAAAGGUUGUUUCCAAGCAAGAGGUCUCACGCAAAUAGCAUUUAUUGCAAUAGGCUACUUGCGAAGUAUCAAAUUCAUAGUUGGCUCCGACGCCUAAGGGGAUUAUAACAUAGGAACAAUGAAGCUACGUGAAUUGUUAAUCCUCGAAUCUUAAUCCCUUCGGAAUCCUCUGUUUUGUACCCCCUGCGUACCCCUAACCUUCGGAGCCAAAUAUGAAUUUUUAUUAUUCGAAAGUGGCGUAUUUUGAUAUCGUAUUACACAGCCCUCAAGAAAGAUAUUUAUACAUCCGUUGUCGUGAUUGCAGAGUGAACUCAUACGGGACAGAGGUUAUCCAGUUGAACAGCAUUACGUAACCACUCAGGAUGGCUUCAUUCUCAACCUCCAAAGGAUUCCUUAUGGGCGACAAACUAGCAAGGACACUUCCUCUAAGGCCGUUGUGUUCCUCCAGCACGGCCUAACGAUGGACAGCACUAACUGGGUUCUUAAUGGACCAACAAACAGUCUUGGGUACAUUCUGGCUGAUAGAGGGUUUGAUGUUUGGCUUGGGAACAUCCGAGGUAAUGUGUAUUCACAAAGGCAUGUAAAACUGGACCCUAGUCAAGAGGAAUUCUGGAACUGGAGGUAAUUCACUUCUUUGGUAGCGAAGAGUUUGACAAAGUAGUUCACGCGCAAAUUGUAGAAAAGCGUUCGUUAUCAGCAGAAAAUUGGAAAAGCGUUCUUUCUAAAAUAGUGCACGAAGUAAUUAGUUCAGUCGCUCGAAAAAACGGUUUUAAUCUCCUUAAUCGCAAAUCAGUUCACUAAAAGUGUGCGGGUGCUUAAGGACCGUUCAUUUUUAUGGGUGGGGCGGGGGGGGGGGGGCGAGGGUGGGAUUUGACAAGUAGAUUCUGUAGUAUCUGAUGAUCGCCUCUCUUCAUUAGAGAUGACCUCCCCCCGCUCCCCCAAAAAAUAAAUAAUAAUCAUAAUAAUAAUCAUAAUCAUAAUAAUCAUAAUCAUAAUCAUAAUAAUAAAAGAAAGAGAGAAAGGAUGAAGAAAAAAUGGAAAAUGACUAACUGCACGUAAAUCGCUACCUGAAGGUUAAAAUUUUUUAACCUAGGUUGAUUCUCAAAUUCCUUUGCUUCCUAGCCCUACGUCAUAAAUAAUUAGGGCUACUGAGACAAAGAAACCAUUUACACAAACUUCUGCAUCAACAUAAACUGACUAUAGAAUUUGACUUGGUGGGGGGAGGAAACGACCCGCUACGAAGUAUACAUAUCCAAAUCAGCUGAACAGACUGAAAGGAGUAGAAAAGGUUCAAUCACAGGUUCAAUCACGAUCCAAUCACAGCCCAUAUUUUCUGAAGCUUCAUAAAUGGGGCGAACCAUUUAAUUGUCCCACCAAGUAUCCUACUCAGCAGUUUUUGUCUCACGAAACGCUCCUCCCCUCGAUAUAGGCGAAUUUUUGUUUACACUUUUUGCCUCAUUAACAUACGCUUUUCACUAUCUGAUGACUCUAAAAAAUAAAAACUCUGAAUAUUGAAAGGGCGUAACAGUUUCAGUUAUCUCUGAAAAAUUGAGCCCAAUACACCAAAUAGUCUCGGAGAAAUUCAGUUGUCUACUAAAAUUUCGAAAUUUUACAGAGAAUGUAUGACUCUUUAACUUUUUUGCCACACAGUAAUUUCAUAGUUUUUGAUGGAUGAUAUUUCCUUCAAUAUUGCUUGUACAGAGCUGAAAAUUGCACAAAUUGCUCAACUUAAUCAGCCCUUUCAACUUUUGCAUUUAGUUCAUAUAUACGGCCACGGCUUCUAUGAGUUAAGUCGUAUACUAAUGAGGUAAAUUGUAAACAUUGACGUCAGUAAAGAUUCGCCUAUUGAAAGUGCUAUUUUCCGUUUUUAUUUUCAAUUAAACCUUGCCUGGCCAUCACACUCACUUAAACAUUUAGUUGGCAAGAAAUGGCUGAAUAUGACCUUCCCGCCAUGUUGAACUAUGCCUUGAACGUCAGUGGACAGUCUCAGCUCUUCUACGUUGGCCACUCCCAGGGCACGCUCAUUGGCUUCACUGGCUUUUCUUCCAAUCCUGAUCUGGCCAGUAAAGUAAAGAUGUUCUUUGCCUUAGCACCAGUCUAUACAGUGGGAUAUUGCUCCGAGUUCCUUCGCAGUGCUGCUUACGCUUUGUAUCCAGUCCUGGUGAGUUUAGGGAGAUUGUAGUCAAAGAAGCGGGUCUAACAGGUCAUUUCCAAGUUGUCCAAAGCCUCUGUUUCAAAGCGACGCUAAUUGCGACGCUAUCAUUUGAUAUGAAAUUGAUCUUUUAUUCCCAUGCAAAUAAAACUCAUUUUCACAAGAACGGUUUUGCACUUAGCCUCAUUUUGAAAGUGAGACAUUGUGGAACUUGGAAAUGGCUUAUUCCUGUAGGGGCUUUAAAUACUAAGUAGAAACAACAAAAGUACCCAUGGAAUGAAAAAGUCGCCCGAGAUAAAUCCCACCAGCUCCGUAGCCAAGGUAGCCUCCCACGCAGGCGUUUGUAGGGGAGUUCGUUUUUCAUCCUCCUCUGUGGGGAGGGAUGAAAGACGAGCUCCCCUAAAAACGCCUGCUUGGGAGGCUAUAGCCAAGGAUGAUGUACCUAUAUUAGACGUUUCUAUAGUGAUAUAUGUUGUUUUUUUUUUCGACCUUGUAAUUUGAGGUUGAAUUUCUCAAACUUUAAGAAGUACUGAGUCUUCCGCGAUUUUUUUUUCCGGCUAGAAUUUUAAACUGAGGAGUUCCACUAAACUAUCAAACGUUUAAUUACUCGCCAAAUAUUAACGAUGAAAUAUUCAACUUGCUUGUUGAUAUGAAUUAUUCUUUUAUAGAAAGUUUUUCAAGACUACCACCUCGGGAAGAUGGGGACGAAUGAGAUGGUGAACCUGUUGACAGAGAAGUCGGUCUGCGAUAGUCCUUUUACUGAGAAGGUCUGUUAUGACGCUGGGCAGGAGAUCUUUGGAUUUGACAGCGCCAAUAUCAACAUGGUAAGAAAGAAGUCCGUGAUCACGCCUAUCGGGACGGCCGUCCAUAGAAUACUUCCCGUUGUCACGCAAUCCUUCUUGGAAGGGGUGGGUGAUAAGCCAAAAAAACGCCUAAUUAGGUUAUUUAUGAGGAAAGUAAGGCUAUAUUCACAGUCUAUCGGAUAGAUUUUCGUCCCGAAACAAACAGGCAUCAGGUAUAGUAUGAACACCUAUCCGAUAUAUGACUCUCUCCACUUUAGAGAUCGGCGUGACGCAGCUUCACUCCGUUAAAAAAAUUGCGCCAAAAUCACCGUUUUCAUGCUUGAUCAGAAGCCCUAUCCGGAAUAGUUUUUUGUGCCGGCGCUAGAGUUAUCCAGUAUUUAACAAUUAUUCCUCGAGCCCGAAUGAGCUUCAAUAGUUGACUAUUGACUCAGAGGCCAUGAGGGCGAGAGGAAAAAUUGUUUUGGUAAAAUCCAAAGUAGUUGCUCAAAAAUAUGGAGAAAACACAACUUUCGCUAGUAAAACGCAAUUCAGCCGCUAUCGUUUUCAAUUGGUUUUCGAACCCGGCGCUUUUCGCUACUAGUGAGCUAUAAUAUAAGCCUCGUGGUUUCUUUCAGGUCUCCUCGCCAUUUACUUUUCUUUAAUCCCAAGACAUAUUAUUCCAAUCUUGCGUUGUAAAAUUGUGUAUAUAUGGCAAAUAAAGAAUGAAUGAAUAUAACAUAUAGCCUAGUAGUAGCUCAACCAAUCAGAACGCAGCAUUGAUAAAAGACCACCAGUUGGAUUUUACUAAAGUGUGUUAGUCAAAUGACUAUUUCCAGCUACCGGUCUGAAGUAAAGACUCUUUACCCUUUUUUUGAACCUAGCCUAAAGUCAUCUAAAAUUAAGAAUAGAGUGUGAACGAGUAAUUAGGGUGCCGUAGCUGCGGUUUGAAGAGACGGCUCCCUUUUCCUUGGUACUCCAGCGGAACGGUUUGGAGAUAGCUAACGAACCGAAGGUAACUGCCGGGAGUUUAGAGGCACACAACUUUCUUGAUGUAAGAAACCGGGCACAAACAUCCUGGCAGGCGAAGCAUGCACACUUUCACAUUGUUCGUUUGGGUGGUUGCUACGUUACUAUUCAUGUACCUCAUUGUUUUCAUUAUAAGUUAUUUAAUUCCCCUUUCGAUCUAUUAUUCUAACAGCAGUCUGGUUUGUUUUCAGUCAAGAGUUCCCGUCAUAUUGUCUCAUUGGGGAUCAGGGACAUCAUUUAAGAAUUUUGUCCACUUUGGACAGGUAGACCAGUUCCAUAUCUUCUCGGUAGUUUUAAAUAUGUCAAUUUUGCUGAUCACUCCUUUAGCUUAUCGCUACUACCAGUAGGAAGUACAAAAUAUUCAUUAAGGUAAUUAACUUCAACAGUUCAGUGAACAAAUCGUAGUUACUCGUGCCGGAAAACUCGGUUCCAGGGAAAACAAGCUGAUACUUUCAAAGAGGCUUUGACCGGGCCCUAAAGUCCUGUUAGGUUUUCUACGUUUAAAUCACAAAACUAAAGGAUCUUCCGGAAUCGUAAAGCUAAAGAAGAAAUCUCCAGUUAAUAAUUGUAAAUAGGAGAACGUAUGGAUCGUCUUCCUCCUCCUCUUUCUUCUUAUAAGUAAGAUUCCUAAAAUUCAGUUUCCUUGAUUUCCUUCUAACCCGGAAUGGCUAGGAAAAGGCCGAAAGACCACAUUCCCUCCCCUCCCCUCCCCUCCCCUCCCCUCGCCCCACCCCAACCUCCAGCUCAAGAUUUCAUCGUCAGUUCAGUCGAUCUGCAAGCUAAAAGACUUGGCUGGUUAUUUAAACUUAGUUAUUUAUGACACUUGAAACUGCUCUUUUUUCCAGAUGGUGUUGUCUAAAAAAUGUGCGAAAUUUGAUUAUGGAUACUUUCAAAAUUUGGUGCGUUACUAUCAGGUACAGGAGUUGUUUUUUGCCUUGUCUGUACCGUUAUUAUCUUGUAAUGUAUAUGACACAGAUUUUUCUUCAGAAAAUUUGGACACCGCGACUAAGUUGACUCGACGCGGAUGUAAAAGUUCAAGUCUGACUUCCAACCCUUUCAAACUGUAGACUUAGACUGUAGCUUCUAUGCUCAACGUUACUUUUUAUCCAACUUGGCAGCGACGUGUGUUGACUUAUUUUUUUACGAAAGUAGAAGAAUUGUAAUUGUAAGAAGAAUUGUAUGAAACACUAGUUACUGAACUCUAACAAAAAAAGAUAUUGAGGUGGACCAGAGUCUAUUAGUGAUGGAUGUUGCUGAGAUAUAGUUUCGGACCGAGGCGUAAUAACGGUGCGCUGGUUACAGCGGGUUCGGUUAUGACUAUCGGUUUAUCAAUCAACGGAUGCUAGCAGUCGAAAAAACCAGUUAGAGGAGGGAAAACAAGAUUGACUAGUCCAAAAGUUCGGUCUCCGGCGACCUCAAAGGGAUGACACGAUUCAGGUAGAGCCUCCUUUUUCUUCUUCUUACUCAAGUGUCAAGAACACGAAAGAGGGCUCUUCUGGCCGGGUGAAUCUGGUCUGCAAAUCAUGCGAAAACUACCAUUUACACCAACAGUUUCUUCGUUUGUUCUUUGUUUUUGUUUAGAGAAAUCAUACAAAUUUUACAGGUUAAGGGCAAAUUAUUCCAACAAUUGUUGAAAUCAUCUCACUUUUAUUUUUUACUUCAGUUCCAUCCACCAGAGUAUAGUGUUGAAAACAUGGCAACACCUGCUGUACUCUUUUCUGGCUCAAAUGACAAACUGGCUAGCCCAAAAGACGUGCAGCUACUAAAGAAGAGAAUAACAAACUUGAGGUACUUUCAAGAGAUAAAAGGAUGGAACCACGCCGACUUUCUAUUCGGUAAUGACGCCCCAAGCGUCCUCUAUUCCAAAAUGCUGGACAUGAUAGAGGUCGAACAGUUUCUUGGAAAAAAUAUGGCUGAGUUUCGCUUAAUGGAAGAAGAAUAAACUGCAACUGUUAAGCCGUGUCCAAUUUGUAAAUUUGUCCAGUUUGUAAACAGACACAAACCUAUGGGUAUACUGUGGCAGGUAUAUUUUCUUCGUACCUAAUACGUAAAUUCCAAGACCAGUCAUCUUCUAGCUGGCUAAAUCAUGCACUUUGUUGCCCAUUCAACGACCCAUUGGGCGCUGCUUGUCAUAAGGAAAGGCUAAAAAUCAUAUUUCUUUUUUUUUUACGCGCGCCUUGACAUUAAUUUGACAACGUGAAGUCAUAUGAAAACCUUCUCGAGGUCGCUUGAAAAAGUUGUGUAACACCGUUUGCAUGGAACACGCUCUGGAGGCCGCUAACGCAAAAAGUUUGUUUGUGUUUACAAACUUAAACAAUUGGACAUCGCCUUUUAAUGCUUUACCGGGUUUGUUUGGGGGUUUAUUAUUUAUUGUUUACUUGUAUGUUCGGGCUUAUUCCAUUUUCUUGUUUUUCUCUUGUUGUCGUCAAUUCUUUUUGUUUUAUCGCACUUCAUGUGCUACACUAGAAGAAUUGUUAUAUCAUUAAUUUUCUAUCCUUGUACCUCCCGGUACUAAAUUUUGUGAAUAAGGAUUCCCAUUGUUUUUCAGUUCGUUUGUUUUUACGCCAGAUGAGUGAAGGUUCUCUAGAUCUGUGUGCUUAUGUCUUAAACUGGGGUAGCUUUAGUGACCAAUGUUUUUUUUUUCUUAUGGUGAUAGGAUGUGCUACACAAAUAAAAGUUGCAAUGUCGUUAGAAUUGUGUUGUUAUAGCGGAGUUUCACGCCCUAUAGCCAAGGCUAAAAAAUCUAUAUACUAUUAUGGCCAUGUCAUAUCUUGACGAAACAGGCUUACCGCCAUUCCACAGUCUGCUGAUGGAAUAUUUCAAGAAGUAUACACAAAGUGUUUUCCGUUGGCGGUUUCGAUGACGUAUAGGGGUUGUUUUUGCGUGUAUAAAAUGUUCUUGGUUCAUUCCCAUUGUUCUAGUGUAUGGCAACGAUAGAUAAUAAGUGUAAUAAAAAAUGAUAAAAUGGAAACAACGGCAAUGGCGAAAAC